UUCUCUGGCUCGCUGGCCCCAUCUCUGAUAUAUCUUUACACCUCCAAUUGUGUCACCCCCUACCCCCCCCCCCCCCAUAACCCUCGUUUCCCCUUUUUCUUCCCUCUUCUAGAUUUCCUUUAUUGCUGCGUCUUCACGGUCACCAAAAUCUAUUUGUAUUUAAUUCGAAUAUAUAUACAUAUUUGUAUGUCACUGGAUUAACGGUGGAUGUGAAAUAGUAGUAAUAUUGGACAAUUGGAUCGAGAUUUUGGUUACCGGAGAUGGGCGAUUCUACGAAUUCAGGGGAGCGAGAUUUUGUGGGAGAAGCUUCUGGAAUCGUGGAACAAGCGAAGGAAUUGCAAGACGCGGCUUCUUCUUUGAUCUCCCGCACCACUCGCGAAGAGGAUUCGUUACGGCAGAAAGCUAAAUCGCUUGAUUCGAGCAUCCAUCAGCUCCGUUCAUCUGUUCGGAAAAGCAAAUUGGAUUCUAAUCAAGCUGAAAAAUUGGAAGACGAGUUGUUCAAAGCUAGUUAUGUACUCAGCGAGGGAGAUGCUGCUGCUUUUCUUCCGAGCAAAUCUCAUGGAGGAUUCUUGAGGAUGUUUUUGGGACCAAUCAAUGUUCGUGCUAAUAGGAAGGAUGUGCAACUGAAAGUGAAAGAGGAAUACAAUAGUUUCAGGGACAGGACAGCUUAUCUAUUCCUUCUUUUCCCAUCUUUGCUACUAGUCUUGAGGUCUUAUAUUUGGGAUGGAUGUUUACCAGCGUUGCCAGUCCAACUUUACCAGGCGUGGUUGCUUUACCUCUACACAGGUUUGGCUCUGCGAGAGAACAUUUUGAGAGCAAAUGGAAGUGAUAUUCGUCCAUGGUGGAUUAAACAUCACUAUUGUGCAAUGGCUAUGGCACUUAUAAGUCUUACCUGGGAAAUAGAAAGAGAACCUAGCUGUGCACAGAAGCAGAGGGGUGUGCAACUGUUCCUGAAAUGGGCUAUCAUGCAAGGUGUUGCUAUGCUGCUUCAGAAUAGAUAUCAAAGGCAAAGACUGUACACUCGCAUUGCAUUGGGAAAGGCCAGGAGAAUGGAUGUUGUAUGGGGAGAGACUGCUGGAGUAGAUGGUCAAUUAUUGUUGCUCUUCCCUGUACUAUUUAUCUUGCAGGGAUUUGAAGCAUAUGUUGGAGUCUUGCUGCUUAAAACAGCAUUCAUUGGUGUUGUUUCCGAGUGGCAGGUUGUUACCUGUGGGGUCCUUUUGAUUAUUAUGGCAGUUGGCAAUUUUGCCAACACGGUGCAGACUCUUGUGACAAAAUCUCGGGUUAAAGCCAAAAUGAAGAGAGGUAAAAGUAAGCAAGAUCUGAAAUCUGAAGGCGCCAAGAGUUUGUGAUCGGACGGGUUCGUCCUGUCUAUUGCCCUGGCUAUGAUGGAUGAAGAUGCUAAGUUAAUCUUCCUAUACUGUUUUUCGCCUUCAUAUGAGUAGGCCCCAUAAUGCAUCUCUGACACUGACUUUGGAUUUCAGAGGACAGUUGCAGGAAAUAGUCGUGCAUCCAGUUCCUCGAGGAAUUAUUUUGGUUUGAUGUGGUUCUUUUUGUUUUAAGUUUUUGUUUGUCUCCUGUUAAAAGGUGUUAUGAUGAAAAGGGAUCUGUCUACAUUAAAAGACUUUAACCGUCAGUUAUUUCCAUUGUUUCUAAAUUUUGGUACGUAAGCAUUAACAAUAAUUACAAGCAGCGGAUGGGCAAAGCCUCAUAGGGAUUUUUGCUAGAAGACUUGCUCUGACGUGUGCCUCUGUAGUUUGGUAUGUAUCAAAUUCUGUUCAGACGAAUAAUGCAUGUCCGGGAGUCUUUUCACGA